UGUUCUUAUUGGAUCAUUAUGGCAGAACAGGACGAUUUUAAUUUGCCAUAUUAUGAUCAGCUAGCAUACAGACCUUCAACAAUCAAAACUCAUGAAGCUCAUUUAAAGAAAUUGAAACAACUUAAUAUAGUAGUUUCAAAGAUAACAAAUGAUAACGUUGAAGAAGUUCUAAAAUAUAUUCAAAAAUCAUCUACAAGUGGGAAAGAAUUUUCUACAGCUUAUAUUAAUUCUAUUUAUGCAUCAAUUAAACGAGAAAAUCCUAAUGUUACUAAACAUAUUGAAUAUUUGGAUAGAUAUCAGAGGAAUCCUUUGACUGUAAAUGAUGAAAAAAUUCUAGAUGGAAUGAAAAAUUUGAUAAUAGAUACUGUUAAAUAUGUGAGAGAUUUUGUAGAUGGUAAAUAUCCUGAAAUGGAACCAAAACGUUUUAUUGAUACAAGACUAGCUAUACUACUUACUUUGCUAACAAAUUUAAGAUCAAGUGAACUGUUGCAGCUCCGAAUCAAACAUCUUCAUAUGAUUGAUCGUGAACAACCUGUCUCGAUCAGAGCUAAACAUCGAAUAGAAUCGAUAAAAGUUCUAAAGAUGGGUAAAUUAUUUGAUCUAUUAUAUCCAAUGAUUAUCAAAGUUGUUAUGAAACGUGAUAAGUUAGAUCAACAUUGCUCCCUGAAUGAUUUAAUUAAUAAUACUAUUAAUAAUUCUGAGUACAAUGAAGUUUUGUUAAUUUCUUGUCAAAGUGAUUCUAUCAACAAAACUCUACGUGAGAUGUAUUCUAAUGUUAACCAGAGUGAACCCUCGACUGCAUUAGGUCUGAAGAUAAUUCGUUCUCUCAACACCACUUUGAUGGUUCAACAUAAUGAAUUAGCAUUAGCACAAAAUAUUAAUAGACAUAAAGAUGUAAAUGUUACACUACGUCAUUAUAAUUUGAUGAAAUUUGAAAGUAACAUCGGUGAAGCUUAUGUUGGAGAUGAUGAAGACAUUUCUAAUGAAAUUUAAAAAAGCCCGCGUUUAUAUCAGUGCUGUACGAUAG